GCGUGGCGCCUCGGCCGUUGCCCCUCGGACCCUGAGCGGCCACUGUUGGGGCCCUCGAAAGAGGUGUCGGUCCUCUGGGAGUCGGAAGAGCUGUCUGGGUGGGUUUCGUCUUGCUUUUUACCCCACCGCCAGCCAGUCCCCGGACGGAGGGUGCUUUUCACUUCCAGCUGGGAGGAGAGAAGAAAGCGGGGAUGGUGCACGCCUGCGGGUCUGGACGCUGAGCAAGGCAGGGGUCCAUAUCCGCUCGUGGGCUUGACUCCACCAACUAGUUGUGCAGCCACAGGGACUGAACUUUGGAGGAAUCGACCUUUUUCUUUCCUUUUAGGAUUAUUUGAGGUGUAGAGGGUGGGAAGCGAAGCCGAGACGGCCGACCCCGCCACGAUGCUGCUGAAGAAGCACGCAGGGAAAGGAGGGGGCCGGGAGCCCAGAUCCGAGGACCCGACCCCUGCCGAACAGCAUUGUGCCCGGACCAUGCCCCCGUGUGCCGUCCUGGCGGCCCUCCUGUCAGUGGUGGCCGUGGUGUCUUGCCUGUACCUGGGUGUGAAAACCAACGACCUCCAGGCGAGGAUCGCCGCUCUCGAAUCCUCCAAAGGGGCCCCUUCCAUUCAUCUGCUGCCUGAUACCCUGGAUCACCUCAAGACUAUGGUGCAAGAGAAAGUGGAGCGACUUCUGGCUCAGAAAUCCUAUGAACAUAUGGCUAAAAUAAGAAUCGCAAGAGAAGCACCUUCAGAAUGUAACUGCCCAGCAGGCCCUCCAGGGAAACGAGGUAAGAGAGGCCGAAGAGGAGAAUCUGGUAAGUCUCUCUUUCAGCUGCUCUGUGUCACUCAUGGCCCUCCUGGUCCAAAAGGCGAUAAGGGAGAACAAGGUGAUCAGGGACCUAGGGGCCUGCCAGGCUUCCCCACAGUUGCUGCCCUGCACAGUAAUCAGAUCCUCACCGUCAAGGGUGACCAAGGACAGGCAGGGCCUCCAGGACCCCCUGGCCCUCCAGGCCCAAGAGGGCCACCUGGGGACACAGGGAAAGAUGGCCCCCGUGGAAUGCCAGGAGUACCCGGUGAACCAGGAAAACCAGGAGAAGAAGGCUUGAUGGGUCCUCUAGGGCCUCCGGGACAAAAGGGUUCUAUUGGAGCACCUGGAAUUCCAGGGAUGAAUGGGCAAAAGGGUGAGCCCGGGUUGCCUGGAGCAGUAGGACAGAGUGGAAUACCAGGACCUAAGGGAGAACCUGGAGAACAAGGUGAAAAGGGAGAUGCUGGAGAGAACGGCCCCAAGGGUGAGACAGGCGAAAAGGGUGACCCUGGAUCAUCUGCUGCAGGAAUUAAGGGAGAACCUGGGGAAUCUGGUCGUCCAGGGCAAAAGGGAGAACCAGGUUUCAUUGGUCCUCAAGGAGAACCAGGCUUACCGGGUUUACCAGGAACAAAAGGUGAACGGGGGGAAGCAGGGCCUCCUGGAAGAGGUGAGCGAGGGGAACCUGGAGCCCCCGGACCAAAGGGGGAUCGUGGAGACAAAGGGGACUCUGGAGCUCAGGGACCAAGGGGUCCACCUGGUCAAAAAGGGGAUCAAGGAGCCACUGAGAUCAUAGACUACAACGGCAACCUCCACGAAGCCUUACAGGGUCCCCCUGGACCUCCUGGACCUCAAGGACUACAAGGGCCAAAGGGAGAGCAGGGAUCUCCAGGAAUCCCAGGAAUGGAUGGAGAACAGGGACUCAAAGGCUCAAAGGGAGACAUGGGGGACCCAGGUAUGACAGGUGAAAAAGGAGGAAUUGGACUUCCUGGAUUACCGGGAGCCAAUGGAAUGAAAGGAGAAAAAGGAGAUUCUGGAAUGCCGGGUCCACAGGGUCCUUCUAUCAUAGGCCCACCAGGCCCACCAGGUCCCCAUGGCCCACCUGGCCCCAUGGGACCUCAUGGACUUCCUGGACCAAAGGGUGAACCAGGGUUAAAUGGUGUUAAAGGAUUGAAGGGUGAACCAGGUCAAAAGGGUGACAGAGGACCCCUUGGUCUUCCAGGAGCAUCUGGCUUAGACGGAAAGCCAGGAUCCCGGGGUACAGAUGGUCCUAUGGGACCCCAUGGCCCUGCAGGUCCCAAAGGAGAAAGAGGUGAAAAAGGAGCUAUGGGAGAUCCUGGACCAAGAGGGCCCUAUGGGCUGCCUGGGAAAGAUGGAGAGCCUGGUCUUGAUGGCUUCCCUGGUCCACGGGGUGAGAAGGGUGAUCUAGGAGAAAAGGGAGAAAAGGUGACCUCUCCAUCCCAGCAUGUACCUUAUUUGAUUCUUCUCCUGCUGUCUGCUUUGCUGUUCGGCUUGUGUGAUUCCAUUUGACACUUAAUCUUUCUCCAUCCUGUGCUCCAAAAACAUACUGAUGCCUGAUUUAAGGAAUCAGGUCUUCAGAGAGGAAUGAAGAAGGCUGUACUGCCAGAUAUAAGGGCACUGCCUGGCAUAGAAGAAAAAAUUAUUAUCCCCAGAUAUUCUAGCUACAGUUUUUCAACCACCUGACACCAAUUUAUGGAAAAAUAAAGGAUUUUUUUAAAAAAAAAUCAUUUUAAAAAGUAAAAUUAAAUGACACAAAUCUGCAGU